AUAGGCCAGCCCAAACUACCCGCUAUAAAAAGGAGCCGACACUCAGCCCUGUAUGUUCCUUGUCAACUCUGUUUUGAGCAGAGCUGGUGAACAAACCCUUGUGCAUCAUGCCGACUGAACUGGAGAAGGCCUUGGACAAUGUUGUUUCUGUCUACCACAAGUACUCUGAGGUGAAAGGAAACCACCACGCCAUCUACAAGGAUGACCUGAAGAAAUUGCUGACUAAGGAGUGUCCUCAGUACACAAAGAAAAAGAGCGCAAGAGAGUGGUUCAGACUGUUGGAUAUCAAUGAAGAUGGUGCAGUUAACUUCCAGGAGUUCCUUGUACUUGUGGUAAAAGUGGCUCUGAGAGCCCAUGAGGAGAGCCACAAACACGAGGGGGACGGCCACAGACACUAGCAGAGCUGUAGGGUCCCUACGCUUGUUUCUGCAAAAUAAUAAAAAUUAUCAAUACCUCAG